AUGGAGUUGGGCGAAGUUGGUGUGCCGGCGUUGAGACGCCGUUUGGCUCGUCUGGAGAAGACGGUGUCUCGUUUCCAAGACGAGAACGAUAAACUCUGGGAGGCCGUGAACGGUCUCCAAGCCCCGCGCAAAGUUGGUUCCCUGUCUGGACGGUUGGAAGGGAUGAGGGCUUGGAACCUGUCUGCCGCCGCCGCCGCCACAUCUGGGUCCUCGGUCAACGAGAGGGUGCCUCCCACCGCCAGCACCACAUCCUCCUCCGCCGCCGCCACCACCGCCUUUUUCUCGACCCACGAGAGGGCACCUCACCAGCAUGCUGACGAGUGA